AUGGGUAUAGCCCCGAACAAUACAGCUGAAACGGAGUAUUUUCGUACACUCAACACGCGUGUGUCUGUUGUCUACAUUGAAACAUGGCAAGGUCAGAAUCAGGCUCAAAUAGAUGGAGGAAAAGAUAUUAGUAAAGCAAUAUCUAAUUUCAAUGAUUAUACAUCAAGAAAUUUGUAUAAAAUAGAUAAAGAUACUACUCAGCUUCUAACCGGAGAAACAUUUGCUGGAGGUGAAGUUGGUAUGUCCGUACCAGAAACCGUAUGUACACCAAAAGCUGUAGGUCUUAGCGUCGAUAUUAAUCCUUAUGAGCCACAUCUGUUAGCUGGAACUAUGGCGCAUAUGAUAGGUCACAACAUAGGAAUGGGUCACGAUGAUAAUCGUGACGAGUGCAUCUGUAGGGACUGGCAUGGAUGCAUAAUGUCACAAUCCAUAGUUGGAUUGGAAAACGUACAGCCAUAUAAAUUUUCAGAAUGCAGUCGAUUAGAUUACAUAGAUGCUCUUCGUAUCGGUCAUGGCUUGUGUCUACUCAACAAGCCAAACGAGGUUGAGCUUCGGAAGAACUGUGGAAAUGGAAUUGUGGAGGAUGACGAGGAAUGCGAUUGUGGAAGUACACUAGAUUGCGACAAAACUGAUCCCUGCUGUGAUGGCAUCACAUGCAAAUUGAAGAAAGAGUCCCAAUGUGCAACUGGACCUUGCUGUGAUAAAUGUAUUCUAAAACCACCGGGUGUCAUAUGCAGGGAUGCGCAUAAUGAGUGCGAUUUGCCAGAAUAUUGCAAUGGAGAAUCCGGCCAGUGCCCAUCCGACGUGCAUAAAAAAAACGGAAAUCCAUGUGGAAUAAACUCAACUGGAAUUUCGACAGGAUAUUGUUUCAAUGGUGUUUGUCCCACCACUGCGAUUCAGUGUGAACGGAUCUGGGGCUAUAGCGGUACAGGGGCAGAUCGUGUUUGUUACGAACAGUUCAAUUCCAAGGGAUCGAUAAAUGGUCAUUGCGGUAAAGAUGUCAGUGGCAAUUAUGUGAAAUGUGAUCCUGAGUAA